CAAAAUCGAAUCAAGAAAAGAAUGGGGAACUGUUUGAUCGUCCAACAAAACCCCAUCAGAAUCAUGAAACCCGACGGCAAAAUCCUCGAAUACAAAUCCCCAACAAGAGUAUUCCAAGUCCUCUCCGACUUCUCCGGCCACGCCAUCUCCGACGCCGUUCCAGUCACCCACCAUCUCCAACAGACCACCAAGCUCCUCAGCGGCCACCUCUAUUUCCUGAUCCCCACGGCGGGGCCGGAGGCAGGGGAGAAAAGGGGGAAGAAGGCGGUUCGUUUUGCAGAGCCGGAGAAGGAAACCGGCGGCGGGGAAGGGAAGGUGAUGAGAAUAAAGGUAGUGAUGACGAAGAAAGAGCUGGAGGAGAUGGUUGAAAGAGGGGGAAUUACGGCGGAUGAAAUGAUUUGUAAGAUCAAAAGUGGGAGUGGGGAAAUUAGUUGCAGAGAAUUGGAGGAAGAAGAAGAUGAUGAUGAUGAUGAGGAGUUGCACAAAUGGAGGCCUUCUCUUCAGAGCAUACCGGAAAGUGAAGUUGCUUGCUAGCUAACUCCUUCCUUUUUUUCCUUUUUUAGUUUAAGAUUAUACAAACUAAAGUGUAACAAAACUUUCAAAAAUCAUACCACAAAUUUUUCCAUUCACGAUCGAA